AUGAAACACCAAGAAGACCAAGAAGAAUUCCUCGAAGAAUCAAAAGGCUCUGCGACGGCCUCCUACCCAGCCCGAUCUGAACAAAAGCAGCAGCAGCAACAACAGCAAGGAACUGGCAAAGGUCAACCACUUUCUAUAGAGGAUUGGGAGAUCCGAGCUGCCAUACGUGCCAAUGAACAACAAAUCAAACAACGUGGUCGUGCUGUAGAAGUGAGAUGGUCAUCUGACAAGUGCCAGGAAUCUACUGCUGGUUUCACUAUCAGUCGUGUUUUAAUUACUCUGGAAAUCUUAGACAAACAUUGUUUCGAUCGUUGUGAUUCCAUGAAUUCAAUUGACUCCUUGUACAACAAAGUCUUUGGAAAUACACAGAAUAAAGAGAAUAACGAGCUACCAGCCAGCGAUGAUCCAAUCAUACUCUUGUUAUGUGAGUGGGCUGUAUGUCCUCAGAGGUCCGGGGAACACAGAGCCCUAGUGGUGGCUAAGUUAUUGGACAAAAGACAAGCAGAUUUAGAAAUAGAGAAAAAUGCAGAUAAUGACAUUCUAGACGAAAAGGAAUCCAUAUCAUCAGCCUCUGUUAUGAGCAAUGGUUUACCAAUCUUCCAGAGUCUUCUCUUACAUUUCCUGGACAACCAAGCUCCUGUCGUGGUAGAUGAUGCCAGUAGUCAGGAUGACAAGACUGCAUUCGCCAAUCUGGUUCUACUGUUCUGCGAACUGAUACAACACAAUGUGUUUUCUCACGAUGCUUACAUGUGUACUUUAAUAUCCCGUGGUGAUCUAUUGCCAACACCGCCUCCCGCCAGCGUGCAAUCCAACAGUGAGAAUAUAGAUGACAACGGCGAUAUAAAAAUGGAAGAAGAUAUCCUCAAGAUGGAGCCUAAGGUAGAAGACAUGGAAGACAAGGACAAUGAGUUUGGUCUGUUUCCUCCAAUAAAAGAGCAGUCACGAAGAGACUCGUCAUUUCAGGAGAAAUUCUUAGAAGCUUUGAAAGCUGAGAAACUGGGUUCGCAACAGACUUUCAAAGAUGAUAAACUGGACGAUGAUAGUCGGUCACAGCUUUUUGCACGUUCAUGCAUAAAACAGUGUAAACAUUUACUGUAUGCUAAACAUUUCCCAAUACCGCAAGAUGAGAUAUCAAGCCAUGAGUGCAACCAGCGGCUUGUGGUGCUCUAUGGAGUGGGUAAAGCAAGGGACGAGGCGAGGCACGCCGUAAAGAAAGUACAGAAGGAAAUCUUAAAAAUCAUAAACAAGAAAGGAGAAAAGGAAAACAGUACGCCGACCAAGGCCAAAAAACAUAAAUCGGAAGCAAUGCCGAGCUUGGAUAGUGUUUUUUCAAAGUUUCAGGCGCUUUCGUACUUUGAUCAACACACAGUCACUGCCACGUGUGCCAAUAACGUUUUAGAACAAGUGCGUAAUUUUCAUCAGGCAACGUCAUAUCAUUUACCGUCAGUGGAUCAUAUCACUUUUAUAUUCGACUUGAUGGAGUACGCUUUGAAUAUAAAUGGGCUUUUAGAUUUUGCGAUACAGUUAUUAAAUGAUGUUAGUUUAGUAGAAGCAGAAUUAUUACUGAAAUCCUCCAAUCUAGCUGGCAAUUACACCACUAACCUGUGUCUGUGUAUAGUCGCCGUCCUCAGAAGAUACCAUGCAUGUCUAUUGCUAUCUACGGAUCAAACUUCAGAUGUCUUUGAGUUUCUAUGUGGUGUGGUUAAACAUGUGGGUAAUGUAUCUGACUGUACAUCGGCUGAAAGAUGUAUAUUGACUUAUCUUUAUGAUCUAUAUAUAUCAUGCAGUUAUCUUAAGACUAGGUUUUCAGAUGGGUUUGCCAGCGUGGCAUCUAAAGUGAAGCAAACUAUAUAUGCUAAUAUCCAGCCAUCAGCAUCCAAUUUUUUAUUAGAUACGUCAUUCAUGGUUGAAUACAUAGAGAACCCAAGAGGAAAGCAAUGCCAUCAUUCAGUGGUUGGUCGGUUACUCAAUGAUUCUACACCCAAUAGAUAUAGUUUUGUAUGCAAUGCUUUACUUAAUAUAUGUAAUAGACCUGAUACAGAUAGAUUAAAUGACAUAUCCAUUCUAUGUGCUGAGUUAACUGCCUGCUGUAAUGCCUUGAGUUCAGAGUGGCUAGGUAUCUUGAAAGGAUUUUGUUGUUCGUCCAAUCAUGAUCUAGGUUUCAUAGAUGUACUUUGCCAAGUGGAUGUUGGUGACUUGUCAAUCCAUGACUCAAUAGCAAUAUUCACUGCUAUAUUAAUAGCAAGACAUGGACUCUCACUGGAAGAUGUUGUCAUGCAUGUAGCCAUACCAUCCAUUGUCAAUGUCUGCCAAUCAGAUCAAGAUGCUGAACCUGGCGCUCGUUUAACCUGUCACUUACUGCUGAGGCUGUUCAAAACUACCUCCGAUCCAAAUGAUCAAUCUGUAUCUAAUCGAAACAUGGCCAGCAUCAAGUCGUCUUGUGAUCGCCAUCUGUUAUCAGCUGCACAUCAUAGUAUUAGCGUAGGACCAGUCUUAGCUGUGCUCAAAGCACUUCUCAUGUUAGGCGAUGCUAAUGUCGGUGGCGGUAGUGGUUCUGCUACUGGAUUAUUGACUUUAGAAGACUUCAGCGAUGAUCCCCUUUUUGGGUUUUCUAACAAGUCUCUUGGAUCUAUGGAAACAGCAAGUCUCAGCGACUAUGCAAAGUAUGUCCUGAAGAUGAUAUGUACGCAAGACUGGGUUCGUGAGAAGUGUCUGAAGGAUCCCGAGAAUCUGUGUACUCCAGAGUUGCUGUUAGAUAAUGUAUUCACCAACAAGCAGGCUCAGCAUUUAUUACAACUUAUAUGUUACCCUAAUGGUAUACCCACUGCUAUGGAAGGCAAUGUAUCUGACAGUGAACAAAAACAAACCAUAGGAAGAAUACUUAGGACCCUAAACCAGUGGACAUUGAGAGUUUCAUGGCUGGAGCUACAGUUGAUGUUCAAGCAAUGUCAGAAUUCUGAAAUGAACACAUUACUGGAUAACAUUGCAAAGGCUACUAUUGAGGUAUUCCAACAACAAACUGAGGAAAACGUCAAGAUGUCCAAUAAUAUUAAUGGUGGUAAACGAAAGAUGACAACCCAGCAAUUGAGGGUUGAACAGGAGAGAGGCAGUGUAUGGCUGGUAGCUCCAUUGAUCUCUAAACUUCCCAGUGCUGUACAAGGCAGAGUUUUGAAAGCUGCUGGCAAUGUACUAGAGAGUGGCCACAGCGUUUUUUCUUCAUCCAAGAAAGACAAGGAAAAACAUGCGCAGAAAAGUAUGUCAUUGCUGAGUCACCAACCGUUCCUGUCACUGGUCUUGACAUGUUUGAAAGGACAGGACGAACAAAGAGAAGGGUUACUAACAUCUUUACAGACGCAGCUAACACAGUUCCUACAGUCACCUAAAGACGAUCGAUGGGAAGACCCGAAAAGUCGCAAAAUGAUGCAUGAAGCACUGCAACUGAGAUUAAGUUUGGUUGGAAGUAUGUUUGAUACAAUUCUUCGUAGCAAUCAGUGGACAACAGAGUUUGCAUUAUUAUUACUGCAAUUAAUAACAACAGGAACAGUUGACAUUCACGCUAGUGGGGAGCUGUUCACCACUGUAUUAGAUAUGUUAUCAGUUUUACUGAACGGCACUAUGGCUAGCGAUAUGGCAGCGGGACAGUGCCCAGGGGAAGAAAAUAAAAAACAACAUCAGAGUCUAAUAAAGAAAUUAAAGAAAGAACUUGGUGACAAGCACUCUGAGGGGAUAGAUAAAGUACGCCAGUUAUUACCGCUCCAAAAACAGAGUUGUGAAGUGAUUACGUGUGAAACAAUGGGAACGCUGAUUGACACAAAAGGCAACAAGAUUGCAGGAUUUGAUUCUAUUGAUAAGAAACAGGGUUUACAAGUGUCUUCUAAACAGAAAGUCAGUCCCUGGGAUAUGCUGGAAGGACAUAAAAAUCCAGCACCUUUAUCGUGGGCUUGGUUCGGAGCAAUGCGUCUUGAACGCAAGCCGCUUCGAUAUGAAGAUCAACACAGAUUACUAUUCUAUCAUACUCACGUCAAACGAAAGCCAACGAGUUACUAUCUAGAGCCACCACCACUGCCGCCGGAUGAGGAAGAACCGGUACAGCCAGCCAGUCAGGAAAUCGAAAAGCCGGCUGUUGACGUUGUGAAGGAGCAAGCAGAACCUAAACCUGAACCUAAAAAGAAGCGACGAACGAAACGAAAGCAAUCAAUGUCUGCAUAUCAGAAAACUGAGUCUUUUCAAUUUCAGCGAGGUCCUGUCGGCUUUCCUGAACAAAGUUUUGGCAUGCCUCCACAGCCUGUUUAUCCUGGUAUGCAACCUCAAACUCAACAACAGUCUGCAUAUUUCUCACAACCAUCCAUGGCACAAGGUCCAAUGGACCGGUCAUCCAAUCAGCCUGGAACUAAACAAGCAUUGUCUACUUACCUGCGAGCUCGUCACACAGGCAACCAAUCACAGCCUCAGAUGCAGCAGCAACAAGAUCAGGCAUUUCCGUUUGGAAAUCCACUCUUUAAGUACCAUUUUGAAAAGCACAGGCAGACUUUGUUACGGCAACAGUUGCGACAACAAAAUCUUCAACAGGGGAGAAGUGUGAGCGCAGAGAAUGCUGCGCUGUUUCCCCAGUACAAAAGUCAGCAGGAGCAAAACUUAGGCCAUAUACCUCAGCCAUCAAAUGUAUCUGGUGGUUAUGGUAAUUAUGUUCCCGGUCAGCCACUGCAACCUGACAUGGCAAGUGCAGGAGUUCCAAGAUCAAGUGGAAUGCUGUCUCCAUCAUACGGUGCAGGCUAUACCAAUCAGCCAAUGAUGCAGCAAAUGAGACAGAACCAGGGACAGUACAUCACCCAGCAGCAGCAACAACAGCAGCAACAACCUCCACUGCAACAACAACAACCACAACAACCUCUCUCUACUGUGAGACUACAGCAUCAGUUACAACAGCGUAAUCUACAACGGAGCGCUUCACUACCUCAGCAAGGUCAGUCCUAUAUGCAGCAACCCCCGAUGAUACCACAGCAGGAAAGACAACAGCUGAUACGACAGCGGCAGCAGUUACUCGCCAUGCAGUCACAACAGAUGAAAACACAGGAGCAAGCACAGACACAGGCACUUGUCAGACAACUACAAAGACAGAUGUCAGGAGGUGUGCCCCCGCAACCCCAGUUGAAUCCGUACCAGCAGCCACCAAAUCAGUUCUGACAACCUUAAAUGAAACAUGCAUGUACCAAUAAAUCCCCAACCACCCCAGCUGAAUCUGUACUAACAACCAACAGAUCAGUUAAGAGAACCUUAAGUCAAUCCUACAUGUUACUUCCCCACACCCACACAGCAAGCACCAAGAUUCGCUUGGAAUCUGCAUGCUGUGUACAUAUAGGCAUUGCUUUUGAUAGUGCUUGACUUUAUUAUUGGAGUAACAUUUUAGAUCCUAGUAUUUGAUUAGUAUAUCCAAUUAAUCUUAAAGUGUGCAGUGAAAGUCGGUUUCAUACUGGUGCUAAAAAUGGUGUCAAUUCUUGAGGAUUACCUCAUGGUUAUGUUUAAAUUACAUGUUUAAUAGUACCGGUACAGACCAGUAUUCAAUAUUACAAGUCACAUAGAGUUAUGGGUGAUGUGUAUCAUCAACAACCACAUUUUAACAAUAAUCAAGAUAGAUUUGGUAAUAAUAAUAUUAUCCACAGGAUGCAUUCAGUUUGAAUAUGACAUUGGGGUCAGAAUUUUAAGAAAGCGUUUGUGUGUAACCCUGAAGUCAA